AUGGAAACCAAAGAUGAUUAUACCCAAGAUGGUACUGUUGAUUUCCAUGGCAAACCUGCUGUUCCCUCCAAAACUGGCAAAUGGAAAGCUUGUGCUUUUCUCGUUGGUUAUGAAGCAUUUGAAAGAAUGGCUUUCUAUGGAGUAGCUUCAAACUUGGUGAAUUACCUUACUACACAACUUCAUGAAGACACUGUUUCAUCAGUUAGGAACGUGAAUAACUGGUCAGGAUCUGUUUGGAUUACACCAAUCCUUGGUGCUUACAUAGCUGAUUCUCACUUGGGUCGAUUCUGGACUUUCACCCUCUCAUCUCUCAUUUAUGUCUUGGGAAUGACACUUCUUACUAUAGCGGUAUCACUCAAGAGUUUGAAACCAACAUGCACAAAUGGUGUUUGUAACAAAGCCUCAACAUCACAAGUUGCAUUUUUCUACACAGCACUUUACACUAUGGCAAUUGGGGCAGGUGGAACAAAACCAAAUAUAUCAACUUUUGGUGCUGACCAAUUUGAUGAUUUUAAUCCUCGUGAGAAAGAGUUAAAGGCUUCUUUCUUUAACUGGUGGAUGUUUACCUCAUUUUUAGGCGCCUUAAUUGCAACUUUAGGCCUUGUAUACAUUCAGGAGAAUUUAGGAUGGGGACUUGGGUAUGGUAUUCCUACUGCUGGUUUAGUAUUGUCCUUGGUUAUUUUCUAUAUAGGGAUGCCGAUUUAUCGACAUAAAGUUAGGACUUCUAAAAGUCCUGCUAGGGACAUAAUUCGUGUCCUUAUUGCUGCCUUUAAGAAUAGAAAACUUCAACUUCCAAGUAACCCUUCGGAUCUGCAUGAGUAUGAGAUGGAAGAUAAUGUUGGCAGGGGAAAACGGCAAGUCUAUCACACUCCAACUUUGAGGUUUUUGGACAAAGCUGCUAUUAAAAAAGAUCCUACUAGAGGUUCAUCAAGAGUUCCAAUGACAGUAAACCAAGUAGAAGGAGCAAAGCUAAUUUUUGGCAUGCUCCUAAUAUGGCUAGUAACACUGAUUCCAAGCACCAUUUGGGCACAAAUCAACACUCUUUUUGUGAAACAAGGCACCACCUUAGACAGAAACCUUGGUCCUGAUUUCAAAAUUCCAGCAGCGUCUCUUGGUAGCUUUGUAACCCUCUCCAUGUUACUCUCAGUGCCAAUGUAUGACCGACUUUUCGUUCCUUUCAUGCGCCAGAGAACCGGACACCCCAGAGGAAUCACAUUGCUUCAAAGACUUGGAAUUGGAUUUUCAAUCCAAAUCAUAGCAAUUGCAAUUGCUUAUGCAGUUGAAGUUAGAAGAAUUCAUGUCAUAAAAGCGAAUCACAUUUUGGGUCCUAAAGAGAUUGUCCCUAUGAGUAUAUUUUGGUUGUUACCGCAAUAUGUUCUCAUUGGUAUAGCAGAUGUUUUCAAUGCAAUUGGAUUGUUGGAGUUUUUCUAUGAUCAAUCCCCUGAAGAUAUGCAGAGUCUUGGAACAACUUUCUUCACAAGUGGAAUCGGUGUUGGGAAUUUCUUGAACAGCUUUUUGGUGACAAUGACUGAUAAGAUAACAGGAAGAGGGUAUAGAAAAAGUUGGAUAGCUGAUAACUUGAAUGACUCUCACUUGGAUUACUAUUACGGGUUUCUUUUGAUCAUGUCAAGUGUUAACUUGUUGGUGUUUCUUUGGGUUUCAAGUAGGUACAUUUAUAAGAAGGAGUCGACAAGGGUCAAAGAGGCGCUUUGUGUUGAAAUGGAGGUUAACCCGACUUUGGAUGCAUCUCUUGGUCUACAAGUAUGA